AGAAUAUCUUACAGGAAAUGUGCAAGUGGAAUGUUUGCACCAUGAGAACAGAUACACAGCUAGAGAAUAUCUAACAGGAAAUGUGCAAGUGGAAUGUUUGCACCUUGAGAACAGAUACCUAGCUAGAGAAUAUCUUACAGGAAAUGUGCAA